ACCAGUCACCAUUUCUUUAUAUUACUGUUAUUAGUUGAACUUCAUUUUCUGCAAUUUUAACACAAAGAAACUGCUAAUGGAGCAUCUCCACAUCUUGCUGCUUUUCCUCUUAUUCUCCUUCCAAAUUUAUCUAUGUUGCUUCAUGAGCAACGUGGAGGGACUCGGUGCCGACACUGAUAAAGCUGUACUUGUGUCUUUCAAGAAUGCAGUCUCUGAUCCUCAAAGCGCUCUUAAUAGCUGGACUCAGAAUACUUCUCACUGCAAUUGGUAUGGUGUUUCUUGCUCCAUGAAAGAAGCACGAGUCCGGUCGCUUAGCCUUUCUAGUCUUGGCCUUUUUGGUCCUAUACCUUCUCAGCUCUCAAAUCUUAGUUCCCUCUAUAGGCUUGAUCUUUCCAAUAAUUCAUUUUAUGGCCAGAUCCCAGCUGAGCUUGGUGGUCUUUCUCAGCUUCAGUAUCUUCUUCUUGAUAUGAAUUCCAUCAAUGGCACUAUCCCAGUCCUCCUUUCUCAGUGUCAUAACCUGAAAAUGAUCAGAUUAGUUGCAAACAACCUCACUGGUAACAUUCCUUCAGAAUUGGGUAAUCUGCAAAGACUGGAAAUUCUCAACUUUGGUAUGAAUCACCUUACUGGUGUUAUCCCUGUAACAUUUGGAAAUCUAACCUCUCUUAAGAAUCUUUCCCUUGCAAGAAACCAGCUCACUGGAGAAAUCCCAAGUGAGAUUGGUCGUGUUCGAAACCUUAGUCGGAUUCAACUGUCAGACAAUCAGCUUAGUGGAGAGAUUCCACACUCUAUAUACAACAUUUCUUCUUUAGUCUUCUUAUCUGUGACUAAUAACAAGCUUACAGGAAAGCUUCCAAGUGAUGUGGACUUGGCUUCUGCUCUUCCAAAUCUCAUGUGGCUUUUCUUGGCACAAAAUAUGCUUGAAGGAACAGUACCUAGUUCUUUAUCCAAUGCCUCACGCAUUCAAACUCUGGACCUCUCCAACAAUGGUUUUCAAGGGCCUAUUCCUCUAUUUGGUAGAAUGAAAGAUCUUGUUUACUUAAAUCUUGGCAGUAAUUUUCUUUCUUCUACCACAAUGUUAAACUUCCAGCUCAUCGAUUCUCUUAGGAACUGUACUCAGCUCCAAGUUCUCAUGAUCUUUUCCAACCCAUUGACUGGAAAAUUUCCAAGUUCUGUCGCAAAUUUGUCAACCCAUCUCCAGCAUUUUUGCUUUUCCGACAAUUUAUUAACUGGCAGAUUUCCCCAGGGAAUUGAAAAUUUUCAAGAAUUGAUAUCCCUAUCAAUAGAACAAAAUUCUUUUGUUGGCGAGAUACCAGGAGAAUUAGUUAGCCUUAAAAAACUUCAAAGCCUUACUGCAUUUGAGAAUAUGCUCUCUGGAGAAAUUCCAGAUAUUUUUGGCAAUUUUACGGAACUAUCUGAUUUAUUGAUAGGAAGAAACCAGUUCUUGGGUAAAAUACCUACCAGUGUUGCAUCCUGCAAACGGUUGAACAAACUAGACCUAGCUGCGAACAGGCUUAGUGGAAGCAUACCAAGGGAGAUUUAUGGGCUUUCUUCUUUGGUCGAGUUGUAUUUGCAACAAAAUGCUUUAUCCGGUCCUUUACUGGCAGAAGUUGGUAACCUGAAACAGAUCCAAUUGAUGUAUGUUUCUGGCAACAAGUUAUCAGGAAAUAUUCCUGCAACAAUUGGUAGCUGUUCAAGUUUGAGACUACUCAACAUGGCAGGAAACGACUUCACAGGCUUCAUUCCAAGCACAAUUGGAGAAUUAUCAUCCUUGGAGACAUUGGAUCUCUCUUCUAAUAGUCUCACUGGCACGAUCCCUCAAGAACUAGAGGAACUUCGGUAUUUAGUCAAGCUUAAUUUGUCUUUCAAUCAUUUGGAAGGCCAAGUUCCAAUGAAUGGAAUAUUCUCGUAUCUCAGCCACGAUAGUUUCAACGGAAACAACAUGCUUUGCAAUAGUAAUCACACAAUUGCAGAAAAUCUGGGGCUUCGUCGAUGCACCGCGGAUAGAGAAAACAAGCAUAUUUUGCUAAAGCCUAUACUUCCUGUUGUUAUUGUCACUUGCUUCGCAAUUGUGUUUUUCUUUAUAUGCACAUUCUUAUCCAGCAAGAAGCAAAAAGCCAAAAAUGACAAAGGAAUAGGCUUGUCCAAGGGGUCUCCUCCAAUGAUGUCUUACUCUGACAUCAGACUAGCUACGGACAACUUCUCAGCCAAAAACUUGAUAGGAAAGGGUGGAUUCGGUUCUGUUUACAAAGGCAUCUUUAGAAACUUUAAAAAUGAAUCCGAUAUCAGAGAACCUGUCCUUGCUGUGAAAGUCCUUGACUUGCAGCAAAACAAAGCUGCCAGGAGUUUUGAAGCAGAAUGUGAAACUCUGAGGAAUGUUCGGCACAGGAACCUUGUCAAGGUUAUCACUUCUUGUUCUAGCAUUGAACAUACAGGAGAAGAGUUCAAAGCUUUAGUCAUGGAGUACAUGUCCCGCGGAAAUUUAGACAAGUGGUUGUAUGAAGAUGAAGAAUCUGGGUUAUGCUUGACGUUAUUGCAAAGAUUGAAUAUUGCAAUAGAUAUUGCUUCUGCAAUGGAUUACCUGCACAAUGACUGUGAGCCACCAAUACUUCAUUGUGAUUUGAAACCUGAAAAUGUGCUAUUAGACCAUGAUAUGGUAGCCCAUAUUGCUGAUUUUGGAUUGGCAAGGUUUGCUUCUCAAAAUUCCUCGAGUAGGACAAUAGAACUGAGGGGCUCCAUUGGUUACAUAGCUCCAGAGUAUGGUCUGGGAGGCAGUGCUUCAACAUCUGGAGAUGUGUACAGUUUUGGGAUCCUGUUGCUAGAGUUAUUCAUAGCUAAGAAACCAACUAAUGUGAUGUUCCAAGAAGGUUUAAGUCUUAAUAGCUUUGCGAUGAGAAUUAAUGAGAAUCAUGUCACGGAGAUUGCUGAUCCAAGGCUUUUCAAGAAUGAUGGGAUUUUUUCACCAGAAAGUACAAGUACAACCACCAAUUCUUAUUCUAGUGAUCAUGACAUUAAAAGAAAUAGCAAUAGCAGUAGUUGCAGCAGCAAUCCGGUAGAGAAAGGAGAAGAGGUCAUAGCAGCUGCAAUAAGAGUUGGCUUGUCUUGUGCAUCUCAUUCUGCAAAAGAUCGUUUGACCAUGAGAGCAGCCUUAUCAAAGCUGCAAAAGAUAAAGAAAAAUAUACUAGAGAUUGUUUAAGUUUGUUGUUAACGUUUUGUAGUACUUGAUUAAUGGAUUAAAAUGCUUAUCGACAUUUUUCUGAUGGGAGAGCCGACCACAGAAAUUUUA